CAUUUUUUUAAUCCCUAUUAACGAUUUCCAUUGUCCACAACUGUAACAAUUUGUAAAAUCUCUUAUAGGAGGGUUGGGGGUUAUUUUUAUAGAGGUGCUUUAAAGAAGGAAGCAUUAAAUAAAAUACAGAAAAGAUGGUGACUGUUACACUCAUACAAUAGUGCGAGAGAAGGAAUGUAAAUGAACUCGAAAUAUCUAAUUACCGCAUGAGUGACAAUUCAAACAAAUGGAAGAUUUAUCCAAUGUGCUACUGCUCGUAGAAAAUGGGAAAGUCACGAAUCAUACAUACAUAUGUGCUUCCAUAUAUAUUUGUUUUGGUAAAACCUACCGGUCCUGUUUAUUUUGUUCAAACAAGAUGUCAUUCUUUGUAAUUGUUUCUCUCAGAUAUCAUAGAAGUGGAAAUUUAAAAUAAUUAAGGAGAUAGCAGUGGUUUGUGGAGAGGUAGUGAUAUGUAAUUAGGGGCGUAAGAAAAUGAUAACUCUUAAUGUUGUGUCUAGCAGAGUCAGGGGGUAAAUUCAAAAACAUUAAGUAAGAGGGUGUCUAAGGAGAUUAAAGUAAGAUUCUAAGUUCCAAAAUGAGACGUUAAAAAGACAGGUUAAAUGGAAGGAGAAAUGUUACUGGAGAAUCUUUGGUAAUAUUUUUCCCUGAACAUACAAAUUAUAAAAUAGAGGAAAACUUUCUCAGAGCCAAAAGUGAAGCCAGCACGUGCUCUCUUUAUUACUAUGCGCACGGAGCGUAACAAACAUGAAUGAUGGAAACGAAUUUAAUCAAAAAAUGAAAGAAAUAUGAUUACGCGAAUACUGAGGGUUUUUUGUGAUUUUACGGAACCUGUACUUUCAAAGGGAAAUUUUGGGACUUGAAAUGAAAUCGUCGCCUCAAGUUUGAGUAAAAACCGUUUCACGUUUUGCAUACUUUUUUUUCGUAUCAUUAUUAAAUUACUCGUAUUGUGAAAAAAACAACUGAUAUGCACGUGCAAAAUGGGGAAAGUACCGCGCGUUAAUCUGUGUUUAAUAAUAUGUCUUUAAUGUUGUACGAAAGUGCUCGUUAUUAUUAAGCCGAAACUAUAUUUAUAUAUAUAGAAAAAGUUUAAGCUCAAUCCAAAUUCUCUGUGAUAAGGAAAACACAGAAAGAGUGAGAAGUAGUGGGCAUGGCGGAAAGUUGUUGCGACUGUAGUGCAUCUGAACAAUUGGGAAAGCUCAUGAAAAUCAACAAGUCCUGGCAUGCGGAAUAUAAAUCACUUUCGGAAAGACAUCAAGCAUUAGAGUUGCGUUAUUUACGGGAGGUAACAGAACGUCUUGAGGUUAGAGAAAGUCAAGGAAAUGAUAGUUGUACCGAAUGUGAUCAAAGAAAAGAAGACAGAGGAAGGGAAAAUCAUGUAGAAGUUCUAAAACAACAGCUUAUCGUGUACAAAGAAGAUUUCUUGCAAGAACAAGACGAAAAUAAAAACCUACGCAAACAAAACGACGAAUUACAAGAAAAACUUCUACAACUAACUCGUGUAAAUGAAACAUUAAUGAAAGAGAAAUCACAUUAUAAAAGAAACCUUGAGAAUGUGAAUCGAGAAAAAUUAUACAUAGUGGACGAGCUGAAACGCUUGUCGUCAUCUAAUCCGUACGCACACAGAAGUCAUUAUGAUAUUAAGUAAUCCUGUCUGGAAAUUUAACAAAACAAUGUCAUCCAGCAUGUCUUGACAUUAACAGUAGCGACAAGUUUAUUGCGGAAUAAAUUGCGCAGAAAUCAAAAACAUUAUCUGGUCAUGCAAGAAACAAUUAUAAUAUUUAUCAGAUAUGUUCAUGUUAGUUAUGGUUUUACAAGACCUUCUGUGACAUACCUUUUCAGAUUGUAACAGAAUGAUUUCCUAUGAUCAAUGUUCUUUCCUUUGGAAGAGGUGGUAACGAAAUUUAGUAUCGAAGAAUUUCAAAACAGAUGAACUCACUUUGCGUUAAAAUACCUGACACAUUUAGACAAUUUCCCUUAUUUUAAAGUUUUUAUAAACAGGUGGCCAUGAGAUCCGCCAUGUCGGAUGCAAUUCUUGCUUUGUACAAAUUUAUAAUAAAUGAUUUUACCAGUCGUAUAGCACACAAACAAAAUAUAAUUAUAGACAGAAUAUUACUUGUCCCGAUGGUAUUUAUCUUCAGUUUUUAUCGACACUCGCAAUUUUGUGUUGUAUGACUCAAACAGUGGAGUGUAAACAAAUAAAAUGUUUUUGUAAACAGCGAACUGUUUUUGUUAAACAAGAUCAGAUUAAUUUAAGCUGGCGUAACUCGCUCUAACUGUUAUUAUUAUUACUUAUUACAUGUUCCUAAAAUAUUAAGAAAAAAUAAACUUUAAAAAAUAAUUUUAUUUUAUUUUUCCUCACUUUUAGCUUUAAUCUCCAUCAUUGCAUAUUUAUAUCCGCUAAAACAAAAAAAUUGACAGGUGCCACAAAAAAUAAAAAUAAUAAAAAUAAAACUAUGUACUUGCUUUGCCCAUGCCAAAAUUACACCAGGGUAAGUAUAUAUACCAACAAACACAUUAAAAAAGUUAGUCCGUUAAAAAAAAUCCACCUAAUUACGGAUACAAAUAGUUACAAAUAUUGUCAGAAGUUUGUGACACUGUUUCUUCUAUUGUGUUCAGUUUGACGAAUAAAGAACCUCAGUUUACUUGAUAUGGAAUAACAGAUUAAACAAAUUUUGUGCAUCAUACAAAUUUUCAUAUUUAGAACAAAAAAUCGAGCUUGUACAUAUUCUC